AUGGAAGAGGAAAAGGUUGAAGGUGGUGACUUCGAAGGUAAGAUAGGACAAGUUAUGGAUGUGCUAGGGAAUAGAGGAUUUAUGAGAGAAGAGGAUAGAGGAAGAAAGUUGGAGGAAGGAAAAGUUUUAACGAAAGAGGAAGAAUCUUUCAAGGUGGAAGAUAAAAAAGUGGUUGCAGGAGAUGUAGAAAGCAAAAUAGAAGUUGAAGGAGAAGGAAGAAAUAUGGGAUACAAAGAAGGGACAAUGAAUGAGAAAGAAAGAGUAAUGGUGAAAGAGGAGGGGAGAAUUGAAGAUGAAAAGAAGGGAAGAGUGAAAGAGAAAGAGAAGGGAAGAGUGAAAGAGGAAGACGAAGGAAAAGAGAAUGGGGGUAUCAAGAAAGAUGAAGAAGAGAGCAAAGUGAAAGCAAAAGGAAGAGUGAUUGAAGAUAAAUUAGGUCGACUACAAACUGAAGGUAAUGGAACGGGGCGGGUUUUUACACCGAAACCGGGCGGUUUCGGUGUAAAAACCCGAGAGGAGAUAGAGAAAAGAAGACCGAAACAGGGCGGUUUCGGUUCGUCAAGCCAUUUCUGUCCAAUCCUAUUCUAA